AUGGCUCCAUGUGAUGGAUUGUCCUCGAUCCAAUACCGCCCCAUCGAUCUAGCGGCCCGCGAGGUGAGGGUGCUAGAGCUGCAGGCCUCGCCCACCAACGACAUCAACGACAGGAUUGUGUGCCGCCUCGUCCACGAGAAACUGAGCGACUCUCCUGACUUCAUUGGCCUGUCUGCUCUCUACGGUGACAUCACAAAUACCGAAACAAUCGUCCUCAACGGCUCAAAGGUGGCCAUACCGUCCGACCUCGCCCAGGCGCUACGCUACGUCCGCGAUGUCUUUCUAGGCCCUCGCAGUCUCACAAACGCCCACUCGACCUCGCAGGUCAACAUUGAGACAGACCUGCAGCAACAGCAACAACCCUCGCCACCGCCAUCACCAACCAAGAAACCCCCCGGCUGGCUCCGGUCAUUCCUCAAGAAACUUGUCGUCCCAGCCUCGAGGAACGACAGACCUCCUCUGCGCAUCUGGGUCGAUCUAUUAUGCAUCAACAGGCGGGACAAGCGCGAGGAGGCCGAGCGCCGAGCACAUCUGGCACGGGCAUACCGGCAGGCAAGAUUGGUUGUUGGAUGGCUGGGACCGAAAGAUGCCACGUCUGACCUUGCGAUCGAGAUCAUCAGGGCGUGGGAUAGCUGUAUGCCGGCCAACUUUGGAGAACCCGGUGAUCGAGAAGAGCACCCGGAAAACUACGCGCCUAUUCUGCAGUGGAUGGGUCCCGUUGCACAUCUCAGCGACAUUCCUGAGGGCAUCACGGACCCGACCGAGGUGCCAAGCUACAGGGCGAUUUCAGGGUUUCUCAACAGACCAUAUUUCCGCAACACGUGGAUCCUCGACGACAUAGCCAUGGCUGCAUUCCCAACGUUCAUGGUUGGCGACGGAAUUGUGUCUUGGAUGCAAAUACUACGUCUGAAUCGCGUCAACGAAGACAUCAAGGAUCACGGCGCUGAGAUGUUUCCGAGCGAGCUACGACCUUUGCUCGAGUACAUGCCUCUCGGCAGCGUCUACACAUUUCUCAAGGAGUUUGACCGUCGCCAGAAGUUAGAGGAGUAUCUUCCACGACCGUGCUCAAAUAGUACAAAUGCGAGUUCUCUACGGAGUUCGGUGUCAAUGACAGCGUUGAAAGCGAGGCAACGAUAG